GCUCUUUUGUCGGUUUGCUCCUUGGGUUGUGAAGACAAGAGACAGACAACUUGUCGGGACGUUCUUGAGAUUUUCAAAAUUUUGAGAACAAAAAGAAGUAAACUUUCUGUGCGAGAGAGAAGAAAGAAGAAAUGGGUCAUUACGCAGAAGCAGUGUGGGACCAUAAAGCAGCUAUUGAGAUAACUCAAGACUGGAAUGGCAUUGACCAAGUCCUUCUCAGAAACCCUCGUGGCGCUUCUGCAAAGGUUAGUUUACAUGGAGGACAAGUGGUUUCAUGGAGGAAUGACAAAGGCGAAGAGCUUCUUUUCACUAGCAACAAGGCUACAUUCAAACACCCAAAAUCAAUGCGUGGAGGGAUUCAGAUUUGUUAUCCUCAGUUUGGAGAUUGUGGAAUAUUGGAUCAACAUGGGUUUGCAAGGAACAAAAUAUGGGUGAUGGAUGAGAACCCACCUCCUCUUAACUCAAAGGAAUCCUUAGAAAAAUCAUUUGUGGAUCUUCUUCUGAAGCCAUCUGAAGAGGAAUUAAAGCAUUGGCCUCACGGUUAUGAGCUCCGUCUUCGAGUUUCACUUACCAUAGAUGGAGACUUAACAUUGACUUCUCGCGUUAGAAACAUCAAUGGCAAGCCAUUUUGCUUCUUAUUCGCUUAUCAUACUUACCUCUCUGUCUCAGAUAUAAGUGAAGUAAGGGUUGAAGGGUUAGAGACAUUGGACUACUUGGACAACCUCAGCAAAAGAGAGCUUUUGACUGAACAAUGCGACGCAUUAACCUUUGAAUCUGAGAUGGACAGGACUUACCUUAGUUCACCCAAAGUGGUAGCAGUUCUUGACCAUGAACGGAAAAGAACAUAUGUUAUUGAAAAGGAUGGACUUCCAGAUACUGUGGUGUGGAAUCCAUGGGAGAAGAAAGCUAAAAGCAUGGUGGAUUUUGGGGACGAUGAGUACAGAAGCAUGCUUUGUGUGGAUGGGGCAGCAAUUGAGAGACCAAUCACUUUGAAGCCAGGAGAAGAAUGGACUGGGAGGCUUAUGUUAACUGCUGUUAGGUCCAGUUUCUGCUUUGAUCAGCUUGAACUACAAAGCAAAGGAUUCUUCUGAUUCUUACCUCUUUUAGAAUCCCAUCCUUAGAAGAAUAUUAUGAUUACUCCAUUGCAGUUUUUUUUGUACUGCAACAUUGGAAGAAAGCAGAGACAUUGUUAUGUUUUAGCUUUCUUUGCAUGUUAUGCUCUCUCAUUUUUCUCACUGUAGAGAAGUUUAUAAGCAGGCGAUUUCUUUUUUUCUUUUGGGGUCAAAU